AUGAAGAUGUUAUUCUGGGAUAAUAUGUGUAUCCAUUGUCGGCAAUGUUUGUGUGGAAAUAGGGUUACAAUAAUUAGUUUAUGGGUCAAAAAUUUAUUGGAAGAAAUGCAACAAAAUGUGUUACAAGAAGUGAAAAUAUUGUCAAAACUGAAUUCAAAAUUUGUUGUAAAAUUUUACAACUCGUGGAUCGAAUCGAGUUAUUUGUACAUUCAAAUGGAGUAUUGCUCACAAAGUCUCAAACAAAUACUUAAAGACAAAGCAAUUGUAUUCGCGACACAACCCGAGGAACCGAUUAAUAGUAUAUUCAAAGAGAUUUUAGAGUGCGUCCAAUAUUUACACGAAUGCAAACCACCGAUCAUUCAUCGGGAUAUCAAACCCGACAAUAUAUUACUUACAUAUGACUCUACAAACAAUCGGUUCAUAAAACUAUGUGAUUUUGGUUUGGCUACCAAUCAAUCCGAACCCUCAAUCAGAGACAACCACUCAAUUGUGGGCACAAUUAGAUAUAUUGCACCGGAAGUAUACAGCGGUAGAUAUAACCAUAAAUCUGACAUUUAUAGUCUUAAUGUUGUCGGCAAACAGCUAUUUCAUCUGGAUUUAAAGUAA